AUGGGAUUAUUUGAAUUCAAUAAUCACAAACUAAACAAAAAAAUACGAAAAUUUAAUGAAGUAACCAAGAAGAAAAUCCUUAAUCUAGAACUGUGUCAAGUGAAUUACAAAAUACGAAAAUUACAAUCAGAAAACACCGAAGUACAGUACAAGUUGAGACAUCUACCAGAGAACAUAUUAAGACAAUACCAAAACCGACUAGAGAUCUCGUUCAAUAGGAGGUUUCACCUGAUCAGGCAAGCAAAUAUAAGAAAGAUAAACAAUCUCAAAGACAACAGUAUCCCACAAAUAAAGACCCAAGAGAAAUGGAUAAAAAAUCUGUCGAACAAAGAGCUACCAAAUACAGUAAAAAACAUCCUAUCAUUAGGAUCCAAAUUCAGUAUCCCAACGACCAAAGAAGACAUUGACAUCAAUCGCAUAAUAGCAGAUACUGAAUAUAUACUGGAGUCCAUACCAAGUGAACGUAAAGACAGACAGAGAGCAAAAGAUACAAACGCAAUCACACAUUACAUCCAUAAAUCAACUAACGAAAACACUCCCACUCAGAAAUGGUACAAAGAUACAAAAAAGUUUUUGAAAGACAAUAGUGACUUUAUAAUAUUGAAUAGUGAUAAGGGUGCAGUUACGGUGGUGAUGGAAGAACGAGAUUAUGACGAGAAGAUGAAUGAAAUUUUGAAUUCAAGGGACUUCAAGAAACUUCCGAGAGAUCCAACUCAGACAUUACAAACAAAAUGUAAUAAAUUCGUAAAUAAACUUGAAAAACUAAAACACAUAUCAAAAGAAAAGGCAAAAGAAAUGAGAACAUAUAACUCGGUCGCUCCCAGAAUGUAUGGAAAUCCGCAAAUACAUAAAAGUGGAUAUCCUAUGAGACCCAUUAUAUCAAGUUUAAACAGUCCAUUGAAUAAAUUAUCAAAAUUCAUUGCUGAUAUUUUGAAGAACGCCUAUAAUGAAGAAAAUGAAUAUUACGUAAGAGACACGUUUCACUUUGCAACAUCAAUAAACAACUUCAAAUUACCCAAAGACUACACAUUGAUUUCUCUCGAUGUGGUCAAUUUAUUUGGAAAUUUAGAUAAAAAUGAGAUUAUUGAAGUCCUCAAACAAAGUUGGAACGAAAUAAAAGAACACACAAGUCUGAAUAUGGAGUUGUUCCUAGAGAUAACUCUUUUCCUGUUGGAAAAUAACUAUUGUGUGUUCCGAGGAGAAUAUUACCUCCAAGUAUUCGGUUGUGCAAUGGGUUCAAAAUUAAGCCCGAGACUGGCUCAGUAUUUUAUGGACCACUUAGUGAAAUCAAGUAUUGGAAAAUUGCCAUUCAGGAUACCAUUCCUAAAAAAAUUUGUAGAUGACAUCUUUACAACUGUACCAAAGGAAGAAACCCAGACCAUAUUGAGCAGCCUCAAUUCAUACUCCAAUAAUUUACAAUUUACUUUAGAAGUAGAAGAUGCCGAACUAAGUGUGCCCUUUUCAGACACGAAAGCACAGAGACAUGAAGAUGAAAUAAGAUUAAAAUGGUACAGAAAAGAAACAAAUUCAGAUAAGAUGAUACACUUCAAUUCCAAUCAUAACAUAAAUAUGAAAAUAAAUGUGAUAAAACAAAUGAAACAAAGAGAUGUGAAAGUAUUGAGGAUAGAAAAAAAUUACCAAAAAAGAAUUAUAUUAGAAAUGAUAGAGAUAAAUAAACAAGGAAAUCAAUAA